UAUAAAAAAAGUGCUAAGUUUCUCAACUUACUCCAACGAUAAAAUAUACCGAUAUAUUGUAUGUACAACAUAUAAUAUAUUCAAAAAAAAAUAUUAGAAAAAAUCAAAAAGUAAACUUAAUUAGAAUUAUAACAACAAUAACGACAACAACAACAACAAAUAGAACAACUUUCAGAGAUACUCAUUUCGCAAUAUUUUCACCGCCAGCAUACAAUUUUUUAUGCAAAUCUGCUAUUAAAUAUGUAUUUAUAAGUACUACAAUUUAAAGUUCCAGUUUGAAAUAAGUUGAUUAUCCCUACAACAACAACAACAAAUAAACUAAUUAUUACGCUUAUAGAGAUAACACCAGUAAAACGUACAACAAUAAACGUUAACAAAACCACAAAGCACAAUGGCCUUAAUUAUGAAAUACUACGAUAAUAUACAUAGAUAUAUGGAAACACAUGGCGAUUCAAGGACAAAGGAUUGGCCAAUGAUGUCAUCACCAUUUCCAACAUUAUUAGUAUGCCUCACAUAUGUUUAUAUAGUCAAGGUGCUUGGACCACGAUUAAUGGAAAAUCGUAAACCAUUCCGAUUACAAAACACAUUGGUAGUAUAUAAUGCAAUACAGGUGAUAUUCAGCGCAUGGCUAUUUUAUGAGAUAGGUAUAUCCGGUUGGCUAACAGGACAUUAUAACUUCCGAUGUCAGCCAGUUGACUAUAGCAAUAACCCUAGAACAUUAAGGAUGGUUCAUGCCUGUUGGUGGUACUACUUCUCUAAGUUUACUGAAUUCUUGGACACAAUUUUCUUUGUUUUGAGAAAAAAGACAAGUCAAGUCACAACGCUUCAUGUAAUUCAUCAUGGUUGCAUGCCUAUGUCGGUAUGGUUUGGCGUUAAAUUCACACCAGGUGGUCAUAGUACAUUCUUUGGUCUGCUUAAUACAUUUGUACACAUUGUUAUGUACACGUACUAUAUGUUCUCGGCCAUGGGACCACAAUAUCAGAAAUAUUUGUGGUGGAAAAAGUAUUUGACCACUUUCCAAAUGGUUCAAUUUAUUUUGAUUAUGGUACACGCCUUCCAAUUGCUUUUUAUCGAUUGCAAUUAUCCAAAGGCUUUCGUCUGGUGGAUCGGUAUGCAUGCAGUUAUGUUCUUCUUCCUAUUUAAUGAAUUCUAUAAGGCAGCUUACAAGGGUCGUCGCACGGAAUACAAGAACUUCUUCAUGUUCCUCUUGCAGCGUCGUGAAAAAGGCUGUGAUAGCGAUAGCAAGCCAAUUAAAUCGAAUGGUUAUGGACCCCUGAAUGGUAUGUGCAUGAUUAUUGAUGAUCAACAAGCACAGCAAACAAGCACAGCCAAUGGUCAUGCUAAUGGACAUGCAAAUGGCAAAGUCAAUGGCUUAAAGAAUGGCUACAAACAGGCAAAUGGCAACUCUACCAAUAUGAAUGGUAGCGCAUACAAAAAUGGCAGCACGGUGGCGAAUGGACACAACACAAGCAACGGCAGCUCUAAACUACGCGGCGAAUUACCUGCAACACUAACGCAGCGAAAAAUACAAAAAUAAUAUUACGCCGCUGCUACAAAAAAAUCUAGGAAAUAAAUUUAUAUAAAAAAUUAUGCUAUAAAUUUUUCUAUUAUAAUUUUAUAUACAAUUCAAAAGAAAAACAAAGUUUUUGUAAAAGUUCAAGCAAGCAGCAAUCAUUUACAACUAAGUCUGUAUAUGUUUGCCUAAGGACAGCAAUCAGAAGAAAAUAAAAACAAUAAAAAAUUUGUAUAGUUUUAUUAUUUAAAAGAACUUUUUUUUUGU